UAUAAAUAUUAGUGCUAGUGUUAACGUUCGAUAUCAACUUCUUGUCGUCUUUAAUUUUGUGACUAACGAUUUUAAAAUGGAUACUUCAACGGCAGAACUAUCUUCACUAGAUCGUCUUCGAAUUGCAUUACUAAAUCUUGAAUCAAUCCCUGCUCAUAAAAUUCCCUCUCCGCCUUAUCAACAACGAAGGGCUAGUGUUGCAAUUAUAAUCCGCAUUAAGCCUAAUCUUUCUUACUAUCCUCAUAAUUAUCGUGAUCAAUCUUCAUCCUCCGCACCAAUUUCAUCUUCUCUAAAUCAUUUGUUAGAAUCAUCUAAUGGAAAUCUGCUGGCAACUUCUACAAUUCUUGAGGAAUUUUGGAAAUUACCUUGGGUUGCAGGUGGAGAACCUGAAAUUUUAUACAUAAAACGGGCUUUGAGGGAAGGUGAUCGGUGGAGUGGUCAAAUGGCUUUUCCGGGUGGAAAACAGGAACCAAAAGAUGCUGACGAUUUGGAUACUGCUGAAAGGGAAACGUUUGAGGAGGUGGGACUAGAUCUUGGUGAUCGUAAAUUGUUUCUAUGCGUUGGGGCCUUAGAUGAUUGUAAAGUGACCACUACUUUUGGAAAGCAAUUAUUAAUGAUUCUUUGUCCUUAUGUUUUUCUUCAAUUGACUCAAGAAACUCCUCCGAUUGAGAUAUCUGGUUCUGAAGUGGAAUCAACCCAUUGGAUCCCGCUAUCUAUAUUUUUGAAUCCUCAGAUAACUCAAAAAUGGAAUCCAGCAUCAAUAGAUUUAUCAUCUCGAAUCGCUCCAAAAUCAUGGAUUUUCCAAUGUGUGUUAAAAACAUUUAUUGGCCGCAUGCACUUUCAUUGUAUCGAUUUACCACAAUUUACGCCGUCAAUAUCUGGCGAAAAUAAUAAUCGAGCAGAGUUAUCAACACAUUCAGAGUCUCAUGUUGGUCCAAUCACGACGUUAAGGUUGUGGGGACUUACACUACAAAUGACUAGUGAUUUGAUAGAUAUGAUGUAUAAGCCUAACGAAGUUCCACCUAGGAGAUUAGACGCCUUUAGGCCAAGAUUUGACUAUUGGGACGUUAAUUUUUUUAGUUGGUUAUUUCUGAAAAGUAAUCGAGGAAAUUACAGAAGGCAACAGAGGGAUUUUGCAUCAAGAAGAACUAUAUGGGCAGAUGGAUGGAGUGAUUAUUAUAGGGCAUUACAAAAAUCUAUAAUAAUUGCUAUAAUCACAAGAACUUUAAUUAUUUUGUGGUUACUUCGAAAAUCGCCAAUAUUG